AUGUCUGCUUCUAACGAAAAAAAGAAAAAGAGUGUAUUUAAGAUACCCAAGUUUUUGAAAAAUAUUAAAAAGAAAAAAGAGCCCGAAGUACCGAAUCCUUCUGUUCCUGAAAUAUCCAAUCCACCUGAGACGUUUGAUUCCCCCGAAAUGCUGAGUCCUUCUGUGCUCAAUCCACCUGAGACGGUUGAUUCCCUUCACAACUAUGAAACAAGACCUGGACAAGCUCAGAAGUUUCUAGCAGAUGAUAGUGCUCUGGAAUUUGAUGAUGAAGCAGGACUGAAUUUGAUCUCCUUCUUCGACAACCUCGAUAGGGGUACGUUUGACGAGCACAAAGACAGUUGGGUUUUGAUAUAUAAACAAGAAGUUAAAAAGUAUGGGUCAGAAUAUACAAGCAAAGAGUUAUGGGAUCUCGAAAACGAAAUGCCAGGCGCGAUAUACCUACCAGUAGAUACAAAACGCCGUGAAGAUCUUGUAAAGGUAGCACCAGCAAGGACAGUAAAUGCACGACAUAAUGAAGAUGAACACAUGGUUAGGAUCCGAGUUAGAAAUUUAAAUACAAAUAAAAUUGUUACAAUUGAUUACAAUUUUCGUGAUCCUGUCGAGAAUAAUAAAUUGUAUAAAUCAGUUAUUGAUUCAGGAGCUCCGGAAACAACUCUUCCCUAUUAUGUCCGUUCUACCCUAGGAAGACAAGGGUGGAACCCUACUAGUAAAAUAGCUAGAGGAUAUGGUGCACCCUCUCGUGUUUUUAUUGCAACGGCAUCGUUUGAAAUGGCGAUUGGAGACAAUAAUAACUGGAGCAAAUGGGUAACGAUAGACACACUUAGAGUUUGGCAACGGGAUCCCGGUCCCCAUAUUGAUAGCUCGCUUGUUGGAUGUGAUGUAUUGGACCAUUUUUUCUUUGUACACCAGCCAAACCAAGGAUAUAAGUUUCUAAGGGCUACAGACGAAAUUUCUUUAAUCAAUUUCAUUAACAAUCUUCCCUAA